UUUUUUGUUCUUUAGCCCCGAUAUGAAAAUUACUAAAAUUAAGGAUACGUCAUUGGUACAAAAUAAUAUUGGCAAAAAAUACAAAAUAUAUGUUUUGUUCGCUCAUUAUCAUACUUAUUAUAGGUAACUUUGAAUGUUUUUUUGCUGCACACACAUGAUAAUAAGUAACGUUUUAAGCGGGUUUAUCGCUUGAAAUGGAGUAAAAUAUUAUUACCUUUAUGACGUCAUUGUGGUCUUAAUUAUUUGAAAUUAUUCCAAACGUUAUGACACCGGGCACUUUCAAUAACAACGCUAACAACGUGUUGUGGGAGAGAGACUUGUGUGAUGUGGCGUUGCGCUUGAUUGUAAAUUUGAGGGUGGUUUUGUUGUUGGUGCCUUCAUACUUCCCUAGAAGGAAGCCAUAGCAGUCCUUGACAAUGGCAAGUGCUGCGGAAGAGCUUGAUCAGCUCAUGAUCCGACCCCUGGGGGCGGGCCAGGAGGUUGGUCGUUCCUGCAUUAUGCUUGAGUUCAAGGGCAAGAAGAUCAUGUUGGACUGUGGCAUUCAUCCCGGUCUGUCUGGCAUGGAUGCCCUACCAUUUGUGGACAUGAUAAAUGCUGAGGAGAUUGACCUCCUGCUGGUCAGUCACUUUCACCUGGACCACUGUGGCUCACUGCCAUGGUUCCUUCAGAAGACCACGUUUAAGGGGCGCUGCUUUAUGACACACGCCACAAAGGCCAUCUACCGCUGGCUGCUGGCUGACUACAUCAAGGUCUCCAACAUUGCCACGGAGCAGAUGCUGUACACAGAAGCCGACCUGGAGGCCACCAUGGACAAGAUCGAGACCAUCAACUUCCACGAGGAGAAGGACGUGCGCGGCGUCAAGUUCUGGGCGUACCACGCGGGCCACGUGCUCGGCGCGGCCAUGUUCAUGAUCGAGAUGGCCGGCGUGAAGAUCCUGUACACAGGUGACUUCUCCAGGCAGGAGGACCGCCACCUGAUGGUGGCCGAGAUGCCCACCGUCCACCCAGACGUGCUCAUUAUCGAGUCCACCUACGGCACACAUGUCCACGAGAAGCGUGAGGACCGCGAGAACCGGUUCACGGGCGUGGUGCACGAUAUCGUGUCGCGCGGCGGCCGCUGUCUGAUCCCCGUGUUUGCGCUGGGCCGCGCUCAGGAGCUGCAGCUGAUCCUGGACGAGUACUGGAUGGGCCACCCGGAGCUGCACGACAUCCCCAUCUACUACGCCUCGUCACUCGCCAAAAAGUGCAUGGCCGUGUACCAGACGUACGUGAACGCCAUGAACGAGCGCAUCCGGCGUCAGAUCGCCGUCAACAAUCCGUUCGUCUUCAAACACAUCCAGAACCUGAAGGGCAUCGACCACUUUGACGACGUGGGCCCGUGUGUGAUCAUGGCCUCGCCGGGUAUGAUGCAGAGCGGCCUGUCGCGAGAGCUGUUCGAGUCGUGGUGCACCGACCCCAAGAACGGCGUCAUCGUGGCCGGCUACUGCGUGGAGGGCACGCUGGCCAAGCACCUGCUCUCCGAGCCUGACGAGGUGAACACCAUGUCCGGCCAGAAGCUGCCGCUCAAGAUGUCCGUCGACUACAUCUCCUUUUCUGCGCACACUGACUACGCUCAGACGUCCGACUUCAUCCGACAGCUGAAGCCGCCGCACAUCGUGCUCGUGCACGGCGAGCAGAACGUAAUGUCGCGGUUGAAGGACGCCCUGCUGCGCGAGUACGCCGACGACCCGUCGCGCGGCCCGGUGCAGAUCCACAACCCGCGCAACACGGUGGCCGUGUCGCUGCCGUUCCGCGGAGAAAAAGUGGCCAAGGUGAUGGGCGGCCUGGCCGUGGAGCCGCCCGCCGACGGCCGCGUCCUCUCCGGCGUGCUGGUGAAGCGCAACUUCAACUACCACCUGCUGUCGCCAGACGAGCUCGGCAAGUACACGGACAUGACGCAGAGCCAGGUGUCUCAGCGACUGAGCGUCCAUUUCUCCGGCUCUCCGCAGCUGCUGCAGUACAUCCUCUCAAGCCUGUCGGCCGACUUCGAGACCACCAAGGGCAAGUACCAGUGGCGGCUGUUCCGCGCCGUCACCGUCACCCUGGACGGCAAGACGGCCAUCCUCGAGUGGGUGGCCAGUCCCGGCGGCGACAUGCUGGCAGACGCCGUGCUCGCAGCGGUCCUCAAGGCGGAGACGACCCGCGUGGACGCGCCCACCCGGCCGGCCAAGUUUGACCGGAUGCACUACAAGGAGUGCCUGAUCGAGACGCUCCAGGAGAUGUUCGGGGACGAGGCGGUGCCCAAGUUCUUCAAGGGCGAGAAGUUCCACGUGACGUGCGGCGGCCGGCGCGCGGACAUUGACCUGACGGACAUGUCGGUGACCUGUGAGGAGGACGAGGUGUUCCGCAGUGCGGUCCUGACGGCCGUCACAAAGCUGUACCAGUCGCUGUCGCCGGCCACCCUCAGCAGAAAUGACUGAGCCGCGCUUGGCUAAAGUGGCUGGUGUGAGAGGUGUUUGUGAACUGUGAGACCAAACUGAGUUGGUGAGAAGUGUGACUACGAGUAUGUGAAUACCUAGGGAGGGAGGGGAGGGUUGAAGCUGACUGUGUGUUGUAGACGUGAUGUGGAAUGUCAUGUGUCUCGUUCGGAAUGUCAUGUGCCAACGCAUGACAUUCACAUGACAGUGUUGUCUAUCAUUGUGCGUAUUUUUCGGGUCGUUUGAGACCAGUCAAAAGCUCAUCUGAAGCAUCGUUCAUCUGAUGCUUCCCCACUAUAUCGUCAUGCAGCGCAUUUGUUUUGUGAGAAUAUCACUGUUGUUUGUAAUAAAUGCCGAGACUC